CUGAGUGACACAAAGGGAAGUUCAUCAUAGGUCCGGCAAUGGCGUCGCCGUCGUCGUCGGAACCAAGGAGGGAAGGUAAUGGCGCUGGCGCUGGCGCUGACGGUGAAAGUAGCACGACAAUGGCUCCUGGGAUGAGCAGGUCAUCCAGAAUGCUUACGCUCGAGGAAGUCCGCGCUGACACGUCCAUCUUUACGCCUCGGGGUGCCAUCAUCUUUCCUCGCUCGGACGGCUCAGCCAGCUAUGGCCCUCCCAAUACCGUCGUGCCACCAAACAGUGCGCGGGAAGUCAACUACUUCGCUGUCUUUAAGGAGAUCAGCGACGACAAGCGGUACAGGACGUGGAGCAAGACAGUUGGCUCUGCCCUGGCUGCUCGCUUCGGGCUUCCCAAGAAACCUCCUCAGGGCGACCACUGGUACCUCGAGAGCUUUCCAAAGGACUACCACAUGACAGAGCAGCGCAAAGGCCCAAAGGGAGCAGUCAGGACGGACCCAUACCUCUUUGGAAGCCAUGCGCACCGAUUCAGAUCCGGGCCCGAGUUCUUUCCCCAUGCGACCUGGCUCCUCACAGACCCCCUGCUGCUCGAGUAUCGAUGCGAAUGCAAGUACUGCGGAAAGCUCAAGAAGCAGGGCGAGGUAGACCAGAGCCAUGCCAUGGCAAAGGAGUUCUGGACGUCAGAACGAGCUGAGCGAAGCGAGGGCCAAAGACGAGCAGCAAGGGGAGGCGAUGCAGGCUUGGGUGGCAAAAAGACGCUGUCGAGGCGCAACAUGGCGACGGAAAAUAGUGUCCUGAUCAGGUCACAGGUAGCCGCACCGAAAUUCAGAGGACUCCCAGGCAUCCCCAUCGACAGCGCGGAGGACAGGAAUAGCGAGCUAGGUGUUAUGGACUCUAUCCAAUUGGGCCAGUCCGAGGGACACAGGGUGGGCGAAGUGGCGUGCUGCAAGCUCGACCGGCCCAUUGUCGAUGAGGAAGACAGCAAUAGAGUCAUUAAUAUCUGGCCAGUCGAGAUCGUGAAGCGUACCUUCCGGGUCAAUGUCGCCGAUGUCCCGCCCCAAGACGCAGCGCCAUGGUCACAGGAGCACCACUUUGAUCUCGAGGGGAGAGUGUCGCAGAUCAGGUGCUACGACGUCCUCUUUCUGGGUACCGAUGAGAAAGCCACCGUGGACGAAGAUAGGGUGGUGCCUGGCAUUGCUGCCAAAAUGCCGGAGGAUCUCGAAGCAGUUGAGCUGGGCGACAUUGCGGACCACCCCUGGCUUCAGGACCGGUCCAAGCCGGUCCUCAAUCUCAUCAAUCAGGAGCCAAGACCGCCCUUCAAGCAAUUCGUCGUCGCUUUCGGAUGGCAGUGGCAUGCCCUCACUCUACUGCGCAGUCUCUACACUACGACGGACGAGUUCAGCCGAGAGUCGCUCAAAGGACCGGCGCCUCCAGUGGUUAGUGCAACAGCUGCUAACAACGAUGCCAGUGCCUCUGCGACGGCAACAGCGACGUCCACGACGAACAACACUGGCGGACCAAACAGGUUUUUAGGUGGAGAGUCAGCUGAGAGUCAUGCCGGCAUGGUGGACGACGACGACGACUUUGGCCGCAGGAGACGCGGCCUGGGACAGACACAGAACAAUGUUGAGGAAGAGAAUGGAGGUUUGCUGGACAACAAUCAGUACUGGCAGGGCGCCUUCUUUGGCCUCGAGAGAAUCUGGGUAGGGGACCUUGUUCGCCUGCGCCUGGCCGAAGACGAUGUGAAAACGAUGAUGGAGGCGCUUGCGAAGGGGAACGACCUCGUGCGUGCAGCAGACCGAACCAAUCCGCAGCUGCGCGCUCCCUACCUGAUGCGUAUAAAGGCCAUUUACCGCCCAGCAAACGUCACGGCCGAAGACACUGAUGACAAGUGCCGGGUGGCCGGCGACGUCUACCGAGUCAUUGAAAGCGAAGAACCAGCCGAAAAGCAGAGUGAAAACUCGAUGGACGUCGAGCUGCCGCCCGUGAAUGACGGAGAACCAGCAAGGUCGACGUUCACUGAACCCAUUCGUCCCUUUCACCCUCCGACUACGGCUCCUUCUGCCUCAGCAUACGCUCCUACGCGUCGACUCGAAUCAUCGAGGUCCCUGCCGCCUUCGCCUUAUCUGCCUCCGGGCUUUGCUAUCCAGCUCGUCAAUCGUUCCACGGUCGACGUCGUUUGCUCCGUGCAGCAGCUUGCUGGCCGACUUUGGUGCUCUCUGGCCACGAGUGGGCCGUCGUCAGGAUCGACGAGCAAAUUCGCAUACGAUCUCAAAACUGCUCGUCAGGAGCGACUGCGGCAGCAGCAGGGCCACGAAGACACACUUGAUGAUGUGAGGGUCACUCUGAGCUUGGCAGGCAUCGUAGCAGGCGCGGCAAAGGCGAUGGAGGUGGACACCUACAAGGGCUAUGCCAAGGACAGGGCCGCGGCCAGGAGACGGGCACAGAUGAAAGGCCUUGGUGCCAUGCUUCUCUGCUUUUCCGAUGCCGAGGGUACCGAGGAGGGAGGCAAAAAGAGGACGGCUGACGAUCUUGACGAAGAUGAAGUCCAGUCGUCUUUGGGCACGCGUAAGCACCCGCUGACGGCGAGAGAGGUGGAAGACGAGAGGAUCAGAAAGGCGUCGGAGGUCAAUGCCAGCAUCGCGGUCGCGAAAGCCAUCGCCAGAGCAGGAGAGUACGCCAGUCAGCGAUCGGACAACUCUCCGACGGCUACAGGUCAGAGAGAGAGGUCGAGCAUCCCCGUGCCUAUUCCAGAGGCAGAUGCAGGUGCAUCAGAGGAGACUACGACGACAAGACAUGGUGGGGGAGGUCGCGCGCCGUCGAAGGCUUCUUCCAAUCUGCCCAAGAAGUCGCCGAAGGUGGCCGAUGCGCACGGCCCUCUUCCGCCAGGCUGGCAACUGAGGCGGUCGAGACAGAACCCAGAGAUGGUCUACUAUGCCAACCCGCAGAAGGGAAAGACGCUCUGGACGCGGCCCACCGAGGACGACUAGCAGGGAGAUUGAUCUAGUCUGGGGAAGAUUCUAGAGGGAGGGAAGAGAGGGUGCCUAGGUAGUGUAAAUUACCUGUAAUUGUAACAAUAAGAAAUAGAAUAAGUGCCAUCG